UCCCCAAGUGUGAAAGAACACCCUGAAUUGUUCAGUGAAUCUCUGGGAGCCUGUGAGGUCCGGGUCAUGUUUCCAGCCUUGCUAGGUUGGGGGCUGUCCAUGUAAGAGUGGGGGACUCAGGGGUAUGUGUGAAACUUCUAGGACAUCUUACCCCUAUCUGCUAGUCUUGGCACUAGGUGCAGUGAUCCCUGUUUUCCUGGCCUGAAAAAAGUCCAUUCUAGGCCAGAGGGUUCAGGGCUUGGUAGGGGUAGGAGUGGGGUGGGAGUUUAUCCCCUUUCUCAGCAAUAAGCAAUACAAAUCUUGGUGCUAAGUCCAUCCCACCUCUGUGGGGCAGGUCUGUUGUGGGGGGGCUAUCACUGUUAGAAUCAGGCCCAUCCAGUGGUGACAAUAACAACCACAAGAAAAAUAAGAAAAAUACGGAGUUCUUUCACUAUCUGAAUCUCCUUGAGUUUGAGGACAGACAGGGAGAAUUUGGAUGGUGAGGAGGUAACAUGUCAUUCAAUUAUGUUUUGUUCCUGUGUUUCUCAUUGAGAGUAGUGAGAGUUGGAAUAACGAGAUACCAGACCUAUCUCAUUUAUCCAAAGCCUUUAUCCAGACCUCUUCAUAACAACACAAGCAUCCCACACUGUCCCAGUAUAUUUGGUACCCAAGUUCUGAGAGGGAGAGUUUGGAUAGUUCAGGCAGUGAAAGAUAUUAAGUUAUUUGGGGGUAUAUUUUGUUUUUGCAUUUUACAGAGUGAGUAGGGAGAGUUCAGAUAAUGAGGGAUAAUGGCUCUAACUCAAAAAUGUAUUCAAAUCUAUUCAUUUCCCUGUGCUCCAGUGGCAAGAGUUGGGAUUAAUAAGGGUAUCAUGUUGUAGAAAUGUACUUGGUUCCUGUAUUUUGCCUGGUGAGUAAGGAAAGCUCAGAGAGUGACGGAUAUACCAGUCCUAUCUCAUAAAUAUAUCCAAAUCCAUUCAGUUGCUGUAUUUGGAUAGUGAGAGUUUGGACAAUUCUUCUGAAUAGAUUUGGUUCCUGUAUUUUUGGUUUUGAGUAGGGAGGGGUUGGAUAAUGAGGGAAAACAGCUCUGUUUCAAGUAUGUCUAGGCAGCAAGUAGGGAGGGUUUCAAGGCUGAGAGAUGCCACCUUUGUCUGUCUGUCUGUCUCUUCCCCUCUGUGUGUGUGUGCGUGAUUAAUCCUGACUUUGGACUGAGAGGAGUACUUGUGAUUAUGUAUGACAGCCAAUACAUACUGAGCACUCAGCUCGGGCCAGGCACUGUCCCAAGUGAGCUUUAAAUGUCUUAGUUCAUGUCACGCUCACCACCCUCCUGGGAGGCAUAUACUACCCCCAUUUUAUAGAUGAGGACGUUGAGGUACAGAGAGGUUAAGUGAUGUGUCCAAGCAGUCACACAGCCACUAAGCGGCAGAGCUGGGUUGAAUCCCAGACCCACCACUUGUUAGCCCUACAGGAGGCCACAGGAGGCCACAGGAGGCUCAGGUCCCCACUGGGGAGGGGCUUAGAGGUGGCCGUCCUCCAGGGUAUUAAAAGUUGUGGACUAGGGCAGUGAUGUGUGUGGGUGACUCUGCCCCACCUAUCUGCCUGGCCCAAGAGGCCCGGUUACCUGCUGUUCCCUCCUUCCUCUUGAACCAGCCCACCUCUGCAUGAGUUUGUGAUUGUAGUUACUAACGGUCGUUAAUAACGUGGUGUGAGUUUCCUUGCACUUUGAGAUGUCUUCCAAAGUUACUUUGGCCUCUGUUGGCUCUGUUAGUACUGUUUACCAGUUUUACAGUUGAGGAAACCUCAGCCUUGAGAGUCAGUUGACAUUGCUGGCCAGAUACCCUUUCCCUCUCGGCUCUAAUUUUAUAAACAUCCCUCUUCCCAACGUCCUUGGUGUCCCUUAAGAGAUGAGUGAGGCCAUGGCUGAGAAGACACUCCCCACCAACCCCCAGCUGCCCACCUCGUGGCUGCUGCCUCCACCAGCCGCAGGCAGUGAGAGGAGGGAGAAGGAGGGUGAUGAAAGGGGCCUUUGUGUCCCAUGCAGGAAAUCUCACACCCAGGAAGAAAGGUGGGCAGGGUGGCAGGAGGCCUCAAUAGCACAUACACUGGGCGUUGCUUGUACAGAGCAAGUUCCUCUCCAGGCUUGGCCCCCCUGCCAAGUGGUGAGGGAGCUUUCCUUACUCUGUGCUUUCGCAUCAUGUGUGGGCUGCCGGGGCCUGGGUUGGGCUCGGGCCCUGAGGUCACAGAGCAGAUGGUCCCAAAUGGAGCGCAGGAUGUGUGGUGUGUGUUGGGGCCGGCCCAGAGCCCAGGUGGUGGUGUGGGGGAAGCAGGACCUCGUAGAGGCUCAGAGUCCUUCAUUUCCUUGACUCUUGGCCAGAAAUGUCCCAGGAGCAUAGGGAGAGGACUGGGAGAGCCUCAGCCUGGAUGUGAAGAAGCAUGAGCCCCCAUGCCCACUCCUCCUGCCUUGCAGGGAUUGCCUCUGUCAGCCUGCAACCCAGGACCCAGCCCCCCCGAAUUCUGAUUCUACCUGCUCUUAUGCCUCUCUGGUCAGAAUCGGGCCUCUUCACCUCUGCAAGCCCCAGCUUUCAUCUCUACAAGCUGGCUAUGAGGAGCUGGGGCCGUGCCACCCUCCCAGGCAAGACUGCUGACUGUGGCCCAUGGGCCUCUGAGGAGGCGUUGUAAGUCCGCCUGGCUCCCCACUUGCUGUGCUCCCACUCAAUGGGAAGGGAACCAAGGCCUUGCCCAGCCAUCAGCCACGGCCUCUUGACAGCACCAGGAUGGAAGUCAAAGGUCAGCUGAUCAGCUCUCCCACCUUCAAUGCCUCAGCUGCCCUGUUUGGAGAGGCUGCCCCCCAAGUGAAGUCAGAGCGGCUCCGGGGGCUGCUUGACCGGCAGCGGGCCCUGCAGGAGGCCCUGAGUCUGAAACUUCAGGAGCUACGAAAAGUGUGUCUCCAGGAGGCGGAGCUGACUGGCCAACUGCCCCCCGAGUGCCCACUGGAGCCUGGGGAACGGCCCCAGUUGGUCCGCCGGCGGCCCCCUGCAGCCCGAGCCUACCCUCCACCACACACCAACCCAGCACACCACUCCUUGUGUCCCGCUGAGGAGCUGGCGCUUGAGGCCCUGGAGCGCGAGGUGUCAGUGCAGCAGCAGAUUACGGCAGCUGCCCGCCGCCUGGCCUUGGCCCCCGAGCUGAAUGCCGAGCAGCGCCGGCGUCGGCGCCAGGUCCAGGCAGAUGCGCUGCGGAGGCUGCAUGAGCUGGAGGAGCAGCUCGGGGAUGUCCGGGCCCGCCUGGGCCUCCCGGUGCUCCCGCCGCUCCAGCCCCUGCCACUGUCCACCGGCGCAGUUAUCACCGCCCAGGGAGUCUGCCUGGGCACACGCCUCACUCAGCUUAGCCAAGAGGACGUAGUUCUGCACUCAGAGAGCAGCUCCCUCUCAGAGUCUGGGGCCAGCCAUGAUAACGAGGAGCCCCGUGGCUGCUUCCCUCUGGCUGAGCGCCCCUCACCACCCAAAGCCUGGGACCAGCUGCGGGCAGUAUCUGGGGGCAGCCCUGAGCGGCGAACCCCAUGGAAAGCACCCCCGUCGGAUCUUUAUGGGGAUCUGAAGAGCCGGCGGAACUCUGUGGCCAGCCCCACCAGCCCCACACGCUCGCUGCCCAGGAGUGCCUCCAGUUUUGAGGGGCGAAGUGUGCCUGCCACCCCUGUCCUCACCCGGGGCGCUGGCCCCCAGCUCUGCAAACCCGAAGGCCUCCAUUCUCGCCAGUGGUCCGGCAGCCAGGACUCCCAGAUGGGCUUCCCCCGGGCUGACCCUGUCUCCGACCGCGCCUCCCUCUUCGCUGCUCGCACCCGCCGCAGCAAUAGCUCCGAGGCCCUGCUGGUGGACCGGGCGGCUGGUGGGGGAGCUGGCUCCCCACCUGCGCCUCUGGUGCCCCCUGCCGCUGGGCCCCCGGUCUGCAAGAGCAGUGAGGUGCUGUACGAGCGCCCGCAACCCACCCCUGCCUUCUCCUCCCGUACAGCUGGCCCCCCAGACCCUCCCCGGGCUGCCCGGCCUAGCUCAGCCGCCCCCGCCUCUCGCGGGGCCCCCCGCCUCCCACCUGUGUGCGGGGACUUCCUCUUGGACUAUUCCCUGGACCGGGGCCUGCCCCGCGGUGGCGGCGGGACCGGCUGGGGGGAGCUGCUGCCCACAGCCGAGGUCCCAGGACCCCUCUCCCGCCGGGAUGGGCUCCUCGCCAUGCUCCCAGGCCCACCACCUGUGUACGCAGCUGACGGCAGCAGCCCCCUUCUCCGCAGCAAGGACCCCCACAGCCGUGCCGCCCGCACCAAGCCCUGUGGCCUGCCCCUGGAGGCUGCCGAGGGUCCGGAGGUGCAUCCCAACCCCCUGCUGUGGAUGCCCCCUCCCGCCCGUCUUCCCCCGGCUGCUGAGCGCAGCGGCCACAAGAACCUGGCCCUGGAGGGGCUGCGGGACUGGUACAUCCGGAACUCGGGACUGGCCGCGGGGCCCCAGCGCCGGCCUGUGCUCCCCGCCAUGGGCCCGCAGCACCCACCCUUCCUCCAUGCUCGCUGCUAUGAGGUGGGCCAGGCGCUGUACGGGGCCCCCAGCCAGGCGCCGCUCCCACACUCGAGGAGUUUCACGGCGCCCCCUGUCUCCGGCAGGUAUGGGGGGUGCUUUUACUGACGGGUAGGGGUCUCUUGAGGCAGUUAGUCAAGGUGUCCAGGCCACGGGGGCCGCUGGUCAUGAUCGCAAAUGACAUGGACCACAGGAGAACUAGCCGCAGCCUUGGCCUGGGGACACGGGGCCCUGCCUGACCCGCAUUAGUCCGUGGGGUCUCCGCGGAGGGGUGUCUUGGGCCCUGGUAGGAGCAGUUCUUCACCACGCUAUGUUGGGAUUUUAGCAUUUGAACAACCAGUGCAUGUCAGCUGAAAAUGAGCCUUGAAACCAGGGUGCUGGGAGGAAGGGACGUCCUAUGG